AUGAUUAUCUAUCUAUCUAUCUAUCUAUCUAUCUAUCUGUCUAUCUAUCUAUCUAUAGUCCAAACAAUAGGAAGGGACGGGUUGGCCUGGCCCCGCCUACUUCCGGAAACACUCCUCAGCUUAACGACAGCUACAAUCCAGCUACAACAACUCCACAGAUCUUUGCACUCAAAUGUUCCAACACCGCCUCGUAGUUCGCUACACACAACUCUCUCGAGUGGUCUCCCGCCGUCACAUUUAUCCCAGCGAACACCAACCAAUUUGCAUACGCCCAAGUUCUCCUCUCGCCAAUCCUCGCGGCUACGAGAUCGCGUUUCCAUAAGUCCGACUCACCGUAAUGGUGGUGUUUCUUUCUUCGGACCAAUUACUGCCCUACACGCCAGACACAAACGAACCCUCUUAUGCCGAGAACUGAGUCUCAUUACACCGGUAGCAGCGAACAGCUGUCAGUCGCCUCCUGCAGUUCCUUGCAAUGUGGCCCUGGCCACCGCACCUAUAACAUACGACCCCACUACGGGGGCUGGGCCCCUGAUACGGUCUAUCAUCACUCGGCGUGGACUGUGCAGCGGCGACUACCGGUUCUCUCACCUCAGAGCUGACGGGAACGGGUUGGCCCGGCACCGCCUACUUCCGGAAACACUCCUCAGCUUAACGACAGCUACAAUCCAGCUACAACAACUCCACAGAUCUUUGCACUCAAAUGUUCCAACACCGCCUCGUAGUUCGCUACACACAACUCUCUCGAGUGGUCUCCCGCCGUCACAUUUAUCCCAGCGAACACCAACCAAUUUGCAUACGCCCAAGUUCUCCUCUCGCCAAUCCUCGUGGCUACGAGAUCGCGUUUCCAUAAGUCCGACUCACCGUAAUGGUGGUGUUUCUUUCUUCGGACCAAUUACUGCCCUACACGCCAGACACAAACGAACCCUCUUAUGCCGAGAACUGAGAUCCGUUUUUUUUCUUCUUUCACAUUCGCCAAACUUCAACCUGAUAAAUGCCUCUUCGACACUUUUUUUGCUUCACAACAAGAAAGGAUCGUUUCCCUAUCUAGUAACGAUCAUUCAUUUAUCUAUUCGCUUUAUUUAUUCUCUCUUCUUUCUUUGUUUCUUUCUUUCUUUUAUUGCAUCAAUUCCAGUCUCUCUGAAAAUUCUCUCUGAAAAUGUACUUAUUUUCUUUCUUUCUUUCUUUCUUUCUUUCUUUCUUUCUUUCUUUCUUUCUUUCUUUUAUUACAUCAAUUCCAAAGUCUCUCUGAAAAUGUACUUAUUUUCUCUUUCUUUCUUUCUUUCUUUCUUUCUUUCUUUCUUUUAUUACAUCAAUUCCAAAGUCUCUCUGAAAAUGUACUUAUUUUCUCUUUCUUUCUUUCUUUCUUUCUUUCUUUCUUUUAUUACAUCAAUUCCAAAGUCUCUCUGA